AAAGCAAUGUAACUAAUUAAUACGUAGAGGAGAGGUGUGUGUUAUUUGAGAGUCUAUGUGCCCAGUCGUGCUUGAUGAGUAAUAUUUUUGCAGUUCAAGUUGGGUUUAUAUUUGGUCGUUCCACUUGACUGUGUUUCCCAAGAUGACUACUCCCAAACCACUUCGAAUCGCUUUCAUCCAUCCUGACCUGGGCAUCGGUGGCGCCGAACGCCUGGUGGUCGAUGCAGCCAUCGGCCUGAGCCGGCUCGGUCACUCUGUCAAGAUCUAUACCUCUUCCCACCAACCAGAGCGAGCGUUCAUCGAGACCACCGAUGGGACGAUCGAUGUCAAGCUACUCGGCAACAAUCUCUUCCCGAGAUCGAUCAAGAACCGGUUCAUCACCAUCUGUGCCAUCCUCCGCCAACUCCACCUGACCUUCAACCUGAUCGUCUCCAGAUUAUUCUCAGACGAGGACUCGGCUGAUCUCUACUUCGUCGAUCAACUUUCAGCCUCGAUCCCUUUACUCAGAUAUGCUACUCGCACCCGGGUACUAUUUUACUGCCACUUCCCCGACCUACUACUCUCCCCAAGCAACAUCAACAGCAACUCAUUCGGAACUAAAGGCUGGAUCUUGUCAAAACUGAAGUCGACCUAUCGGAUCCCAUUGGAUUGGCUAGAGGAAUAUACAACAGCUAAUGCAGAUACGAUCCUUGUCAAUUCUCACUUUACCGCCGAGGUAUUCGGUCGAACGAUGACCUCGAUCAAAAAGAAGCCUCAAGUCGUCUAUCCUGGCGUGGAUGUAAACAUCUACGACUGCCCGAAACCCGAUCAGCCAGACCAGAAACCUAGCGUCAUUCACUCUGACCGGCCGACGAUUCUAUCGAUCAACCGGUUCGAAGAAAAGAAGAAUAUCAACUUAUUACUCCAGGCCUACAUUCAGCUGAGGAAGAGUGACAGCGCUCCUGGUGCUUCAAGUUUGGUCCCUCGAUUGGUCCUGGCUGGUGGAUACGACGAGCGAUUGAUGGACAACAGGCGGACGUUGAAGGCGCUCCAGGAGAGUGUCCCAAAGGAUCUGGUUCAACUGACGCUGUCGACCGAGGAUGUUGGAGGGGCGGAGCGUAUGCCGGACGUGCUGUUUCUACUCAACGUAUCGCAGGAGCACAAGCUGGCGCUGCUACAUGGCCGGUCGACCAAGUUGCUCGGCUACACGGCCUCGAACGAGCAUCUCGGCAUCGGCCCGCUCGAGGCUAUGGCCUGUCGGCUACCCGUCUUGGCCGUCGACUCCGGUGGGCCUAAAGAGACGGUCAGUGACACCCGUACCGGCUUCCUCGUGCCCCCUGAUCCGGAAAAAUGGGCCCAGUCGAUCCGGAACAUCCUUGCUAUGGACGACCAACAGCGGCGCCAGAUGGGAGAUGCCGGACGGGACCGAGUCCUCGAACUCUUCUCCACUGAGGUCAUGGCUAAGCAUUUCGAACGUGCAAUCCAAGAUAUACUUGGCCCCGUCCGUCAGACCGAUCUCUGGCUCGAACAGGGAUUCUUUCAUCUCCUCGCUUUCAUCUUGGUCCCCUUCCUGACAAUCUGGGUCGGAACUUGGAAGUUCAUUUAGCAAAAUCGUCGACGUCGUGUAGAUGAAAACUUCGUAGCCCUGUGCUUCUCCAUCUCAAUUAAUUUAUUGCUUCCCUCUUCCUGUUAGAACCCAAAAAUAAUUAUCGUUAGUCAUAAGUACCUCAGACGCAGUUUUCCCAUCUCACAUUUUUAGUGAUUCGCAUUACAGAUCAGAUCAUGCCAACCAUCUUGGAGUGGGUUAAAAGAGAGAGAGAGAGAUUCACCACAGCUACUCAUGUCACUAUUUCAUCACGCUAAACCUCUUGAAUGCUGUAUCUUUUGUCUUUUCCACAAAGGACCGAUUCAAUUUUUUUUGUUUCAGUCAAUCCAUGC